AUGUGUGCCUUCGAUGUGAUUUGUUCACACUGGCCCGUCACCUGUGACAGCGCUGAUCGUCCAGAAAGAUGUUUUAUCCUGGAAGAUGGGUGGCAGGUCCUCAGCCCAAGGUUGUACUUCUUACGAUAUCAUUAUCAAUCAGUCGUGCCUAAAGAGGACCCAAGGAAUCCGUAUGCUCUGCGGGACGGGGCUGUUGACCAUUGCCAGAAUUACGUGAUCCAGACAAAGAAUGCAUCCCGGGUUAUCAACCCUUGUCCAUGUUCAACCCGUGAUGUUGGUCCAAGUGCUGUAGUUCGAGUUGAAGGUGCUGGCAUCUAUUACUGGAAGGACCUUGUCGUUGAUGUAUACUGUCUUAGACUGUUAAGAGUCAUCAGGAAGCCUGUGCCUUUUAUCCCUCACAUAUCACCGCAGAAAUCCAACCCGAAUCCAGAACACGCAAGGAUUUGA